UACAAUCAGCUUUUCGAGUGUGUCUGAGUCAGUCUGCAAAUCAGAAACUGAGCACGCUGCAAUUCAACCAGGGUGGAGCUGGGUGGACCCUCCAGGAGGUGGCAAUUGCACAAGUGGACCACUCUUUCUAGACAGAACUCACGCAGAAAAUUGUAGCACCCGUUCUCUUUCGCUGGCCUCAAGAAGCUUCAGGGAGCGAUGGCUUCGGCACUCGUUUGUCGCCAGUCGGCGGCGCUAGGAAGUGCCCAAAGUUUCAGACAGCGGCGCUCCGUCCCUUCUCCGAAUGAUGAAUGUUGCAACACUUUCUCUUUGCCGAAGGUUCGGACACCUUGCUCCCGCCCAGGCCGGCUUAUGAGAACGAUGGCUCGGGCGGCGCAAGAUGACGCUCCAGUUUCUUCAGAGUCGGCGGCAGCUGACAAGAGACGAGCGGACUACUGGGAGGCUAAGAAUGCGGAUCCUAUUGCAAAUAAGGGGGACUUCAUCUGGAACGUCAAGUGGAGGGAGCGGUUGGAUUUGGAGGAACAAAUGAGGAAGGCGGAGGAAGAGCGCAAGAACAAGGAGGAGGAAGGGACCUACGGAUUCCUCAGCUUGUCAAGACCACUGAUGUUGGACAGUGUUGACAUCGAUCUCACGGAGGAGCUCCAGCGAGCCGCCAGCAAGCGGCACGUGGAGCAGGAGGCUGCGGCGGAAACGGCGGAGCGAACACGGUACCGCGCUGCGCCCACGCGCAAGGAGAUGAAGGCGUGGGCCAAGGCGGGGAAGAACGCUACGGGGUUGCAACGCCAAUUGCUGGAGGACGCAAAGAAGGCACAGAUUAUUCGGAAGCUCGACCGAAGGGAGGAGCGGUUGCGAUACGAGAAGUUGAAAGAAGAGCUGCAAGUGUUCACACUGGUCAUCGGGUUGUUUUGCCUGGGGGGCACGUAUGUAAAGUACGAUAUGGAUACGGCGAUCAGCUAUGCUGGGGGGUUGAUCGGCGCCCUCGUAUACCUGCGGAUGCUCAGCAGUAGCGUUGACAACCUGGGGCAGAGCGGGGGCAAGGCGGCCGCCAGGAGCGCUCUCGGCCAGCCCCGGUUGCUCGUCCCGGUGGUCAUGGUCAUGGCCUUCAACAGAUGGAACGCGUUGGCAGCUCCAAACACUGGCGUGGAGUUGCACCUGAUUCCAAUGCUCGUGGGCUUCUUCACGUACAAGCUUAGCACGUUGCUUCAAACGUUCCGGGAACUUGUGCCUAGCAAGGGCGCGCCAUCGGACUCUUCCUGAGCGUGCAUGCAUGUAGAUAAUUGUUGAAAGGGAACAAGCAGAUAAAACAUAGUCAAUAAGGUAGUGGUGAAUCAGCCUGACCAAGGAUGUUAUUGUCGCGCGUUGAAAGACAUUAUGUAAUAUGUACACUCGAUCUUCGAGUCCGCAUUGGACAUUCGCAUAUUGGUUACUUGAAUUAUCUUCGACUGCCUGAGCAUCAUCCAGGAUAAUGGCGACAGCUAGACUCACGGCAUCCAUGGUGUCCCCGCAAGCAGC